AUGCCUCAUAGAAACGUUGUCUCGUGGACGUCGUUGAUUUCGUCCUACGCCCUUCAUGGGUUUUUGAGAACGUCGGUUGCAUUGUUCACUGAGAUGUUAGAAUCCACUGUGAAACCAAACACUCAUACAUUUUCGUUUAUGAUUCGCGAAUGCACGACUUCUUAUUUGUCUGUGUUGGGCAUUCAGAUUCACUGUCUGAUAAUCAAGUUGGGUUUGGAAAAGGAUGAGUUCUUGGGGAGUGCUCUUGUGGAUUUUUACUUGAAAGUUUGGAAUAGUAUGGACGAGGCAUUUCGUGUUUUUGAUGGGUUGUGGAGGAGGGAUCGCGUUACAUGGAAUGUUUUGAUCUCUGGGCUUGCUGACGUUAGUGAUAUUGGUGAGGUUCUGAGGUUGUUCCACGAGAUGAGAGUGGUUGAUGAGUUGAGGCCCAAUGAUUAUACCUUGACAAGCUUGCUCAAAUGCAGUUCCUUGAUUAUUGAGGUGGACCAGAUUCAUGGGAUGGCUAUGAAGUAUGGUAUGGAUGGUGAUGUAGUGGUGGGGAGCGGUUUGGUGGAUCUGUAUGGGAAGUGUGGGAACAUAGAUUCGGGAAAAAAAGUGUUUGACUCGAUGGAGGUUAAAGAUAUAUUUGUUUGGAGUUCAAUAAUAGCUAGUUAUGUGAGGAAUGGCUCUCCAGAGCAAGCUGUUACGUUGUUCUUACGUAUGUGUAGGCAAGGUGUGAAACCUGAUCAACAUGUCUUGUCCAUUGUCUUGAGAGCUUGCGCAGAGGCCGGCAAUUUAGAAUCUGGAAUUCAAGUUCAUGCCCAAAUGAUAAAGAAUGCAUAUCAAGCUGACUGUUUCGUUGGAAGUGCACUGAUGUCUCUUUAUGCCAAUGUCAAAGAACUUGGCAGUGUGGAAAAGCUGUUCAGGAGGAUAGAGAAUAAAGACAUUGUGGCUUGGAAUUGCAUACUGAUGUGUUAUGCUCAAAAGGAAGAGCUAGCAACCUUUUACUCUAUCAGUCUUUUUCGAGAACUGUGUCAAACCAAUACGGUGAGACCUGAUAUGGCAACUCUAGUUGCUCUCAUAAUGUCAUGUCGGAGUGUUUUAGAUUUAGCAGUAGGAAAAUGGGAAGAAGCUUCCAAGCUGAGGCAAAAAUUGGUGAAUGUUGGAGGAAAGAAGAAUCUUGGAAGCAGCUGGUUAAUGUAA